GUGAGCCAGUGUCUAGCCGCCCGCGAGUACCGACGGCAGUCUUCGAUUCUUGGCAAUUUGUCGCGAGUUUGUUGUACAUGUUGUACACGUAAAAGAUUGGAGGAAAGAAGUAGAGGAAGAGGUUUGGUCAAAAAUUUCAUCCACAAUCUUUUGCGAUCCAUUUUGAUGCAUCAUUGCGGUCGAAUUUAUCGUUCGCAAUGCCGAGUGUUUCGAUUUCAUUGAAAGUUAUCGGUUCACAACACCAGUAGUAGUAUUGGAAGAUAGAGAGAGAGGGGGAAACCUCGUUUGUGGUGCAUCUUGCAGUAGUGGCGGCGGAUAUUAUGUACCUUGGAUUACAUGAAGCCACCUGCAGAAGUGCAGUGCAACGAGUGUAUGUGAUUGUGAGAGUGUAUGUAUAUACAUACAUAUGUAUAUAUAUAUAUAUGGGUGUAAAGUGUUGCGCAACAAUCUAUCGUAGAGACGCAUAAAACGUGUCGGAAAACGAGUAAGCCCAGUCACGUGGGCAAAUACCGCAUCAUCGUUAUUCGUAUACUUGUCAGGAUGAGCUAAUGGUGAAUUUUUCAUCGAGAGUUUUUUCAUGAAGUUGUGCUAUUUUAAAUCACCGGCGGUGGAAUACGGCGUGUUUUGAACUCAAGUGCAGUUGUGAAUCCGCAACUAAAACAUUAACGAAUGCGCGUUUACGCGCUUAAAAACAUGUAAUUCGUGACAUCUGGGAAAGCAUCAGUUUUUGACAUUUGGAGAAUAGGUGGUUAAGUGGCGUGCGAAUGUAUAAAAAAAACUGGUGACAGAGGUGAGACGUCAAAUCGAUGAACGUUGGGUUUAUUUAACUCGAGUCACGGUGAAAGGUGGAUACGUAAAAAUAUACACACACGUCCAAAAAGUGACCCAGUGUCAAAGCUUAUAAUGGGUACAGACGAGAUGGACAGGGGAAUACCCAGCAGCACUUUAGCUACGCUGCGUGGAAUCCUCGUCAGCUCUUUGUCCCGUGAAAAUCUCGGACCCCACGAUCUUCCGAUACACGAGAAAACCAACAGCAACAGACCACGCGUCACAAGGAAGGUGCACUUUUACGAAGCUGGAGCCGCUCCUGAGGAGGCUAGCCACAGGUCCAGCUCUGCACACAAUCGCCACUCUAUCCCUAAGGAUGUGAAGCGUCGGAGCCUCUACGAUGAAGACUCCCUUGACGGUGACAAUUCCUACGACGUUCAAGGGCGGGAGUCAGUCGGGAGCGCCAAAGAUACGGAUAGAGUAAAGCUCGUCCGUGACCGACAGAAUGAGGAACGACAACGUAAGCUUGAGGAGCUUAGACAACAGGCCCUUGCUGCCCAACGGUUCAGGGAACAGCGCGAGGAAGAACGACGGAAACGAAUCGACGAGCUUAGGUCACGCGAUAACGACAGGCGGAAUCAGGUAGAAGAAAGGAAACGAUUGAUAUGGGAGGCGGAGCGAGAACGACGCGAGGCUAUAUUGCGGAAGAAUCAGGAAAGAGAGGCUCGGAUCGAAGCGAAGAAGAAAAAUGAAAAAUCACAGAUCGUCUUUGCCUUCGGUAGCUCGACGCCCCGGAUGCUCGAGCCCGCGGAUACCGGCGGUUCGACAUUCUGGGGUACGCGAAGGGCCACGUCUACUACCAAUGUCAUGAUGUUCACAGCCGCUCAACCUCUCACGAGGCGGUCAUCCGAGAGAGAACUUGACGGCAGUAAGAAGAGAGCCACGUCUGCCGGUGGAUUAGACCGCAAACCCGGCGAAGAUAUGCGAAUGUCCUCCUCAAUGUACGAGGUGUUCAAUUGGAACGCUAGUUCCGAUCACCAUCCUCCCUUAACUCCUGCAAAAAUAAAGAGAGCCAGCCUCUCUCUGCCUCCUACAUGCACCAACGAAGUCUUUGACAUCGACCAUAAGACCGCUGUUCAAGGUAGAGAUUCUAGGCCUGCAACGAUCGUUAAUCAGCGGUCAGUCAGCGGUGAAGACAGCGACGGAACACCCGGAACUCCGAGUUUGGCAUACCUCAGAGUGAACAGACGGCGCACAGAUCUAAUGCCGACCAUACCGUCCCCACGAGAUGUCGUACCUUCGACUGGACGUAGCUCCAGUGCCAAGGCUUUCGCACGAUCACCAGGUAGGACUUACUCCAUGUCCAGGCUGGACCAAUUAUCACAGCCUAGAAAACGUCCAAGCGAGCUUAGCACACUGGCCGAACAACAGUCCCAGCCACUCGGGGCUUCUAGCAUGAGUCGCAGCAUGUCUCACUUGGCUGCAGCUGGAACCAAAUCCCUUAAGCGAUCCGAUAAUUCUCGUAGUAUGGGUACUUUGCCAGGCGCAGUACCUACUCCGAGACCAACCAGAGCAGAAAGAUUGCGACGCAGAGCUCGCGAUCAGCACCAGCAGCAACAACAACAACAACAGCAUCAUCAACAACAGCAGCAGCAAGGUAUUCGCAGCGGGGAGGUGACUCCGAGCAGCCCGUCGCGACCCCACAGCUCCUUGAGCCAGCAGAGUGGGAGCAGCGUAGGGAGCAGUAAUGUCAGUCUGCGCCCUCGCACGACAACCCCGCGUCGUCCACGUCCCGCUUCCAUCGCCGGAACCGGUGUUACUGUCACAGAGCGACACAACUUUAUCGGGGAUCUCAAAGUGACGAAAGACUCGAAGCCACCACUGCCAAAAGUUCACAGCACUCCAAAGAAACCGUCAACGCCUAAAACUGCUGGCGAAAAUGUAGCCAAGAAACCGAUAGACAAAUUGAUUAAAUCCACUAAAGCAUCACCUAGAAUAACUCCGAAAGCUACACCUCUUCAAAGUCCAGGCACCGAACAUCCUCCUAUUAUUCAAACGCACGUUGCUGAAUUCAUCAAGCAGGAAGAACAGACUGACAUUAAAAACGGUGAUCAGCAGAUCAUUGAAAAACACGAGGAGAAGCUUGACCAUGGGACUGAAAAAAUAGACAUUAACCAGGAGUCUGCUACGUUGAAGACAAAUAUUAGCACCGAAGUGACGACUGAUGUGAUACCGGAUGCUCAGCCUGUCAAAACAGAGCCAACAAUUGUACCGGAGCUGCCUAAGGAGGAGAAAGAGAAGGACUCAAAUCCGUCUAAGGAUCUUUCAGCUCCGCAAACUCUGCCCGAACCAGUAGCGCCAGUUGUACAGGCAGCAGUCAAACCUGAGAAGAAGGAGGAAAAGAAAGAGGAAAAAAAAUUGGAUAAAAAAUCUCCAGAGCCAGAACUGAAGCCUGAUGCAGAAGGCGACGAACCCGCCGACAUGUCAGCUUCAAUGAUAGCUAAAACGCGAAUCACAACAGAGGAAGAAGCCAAAGCAGCAUUGGCUGAACGUCGAAGACUUGCUCGAGAGCAAGCAGAGCGUGAAGCUGAACUGGAACGGCAAAGAAUUGAGGAAGAAGCUCGCCUUGAAAUGGAGCGACAGCGUGCGGAGGAAGAGGAGCAGCGUCGGCUUGAAGAAGAGUCACUAAGAUUGGCAAGCGAAGCUCGUCAGGCUGAGGAACAACGAUUAAGACUGGCUAUUGAGGAAGCUCAACGUCGAGAAGAAGAAGAUCGCAAGAGACGAGAAGAGGAGGCUCGCCAGAAGCUGGAAAAAGAAGAAGCUGAGAAAAAGGCUCGAGAAGAAGCUGAAAAGCAACGAAUCGAAAUGGCUGAACGCCUGAAGAAAGAGGAAGAGGAAAGAAUUGCGAGACGGAAACGGGUCGAAGCAAUAAUGCUGAGGACUAGAGGAAAAAAUCAACCCAAUACACCGACAAAGGGUGAAGGUGGGGACGGAGAUAAACUAAAAGAGGACAGCCCUGGUGACGAUAACAAAGGAAUGUCUGGAGAGAAAGGUGGUGAUGUAAUGACAGCGAGUCUGAUAUCAGAGGCAACACAGCAGUUUAUUGCUGGGGAACAGCAAGCUCUUCACAUCGAACACAAUUCGCUAUCAACAGCAGCAACAACAACAACAACAUCAAGUACUACGAUUCAGGCUCCGAAUCCCGACACUAUUUUGCGGAACGGAACUCACAGCAACGGCGUUAACGGCGGUAGCAAUAAUUUAUUGCUUAUCGAUAACGCCCAGGGUAACGGCGAGGGUGAAAUCAACGGACACAAUCACACGAAUCAUGGGAAUCACGGAAAUCAUGGGAACGGCGUUAAUAGCCUCAUGAACGAACCAAUACCGCUAGACAACGCAGCUUCUGUCAAGCAAAACAACGCGACGAACAACCUCUUAGAUCUGUCGGAGUUUGACACUAUGAGUAAUACGAGUAGCGGUGCUAUCCUUGACCUGACGCCCAAGCUGGCAAAUGAAGAUUCUAUCAACUCAAAUCUAAAUCCCACGGCUACAGCUUUCAAUCCCUUGGCGAAUCCGUUUGUGCCGGCUACCACCGGAAUGAACGCAAAUGAUAAUACCAACCCCUUCCUCCAGGAUACUUUUGGGAAUAACAAAACCCAGGACAACAAUCAAGUACCAGAUCUUCUAUCAUAGGCAGUUUAUCAUGGUAGAAGGAAUGGUGAUAAUUGACUGGAGAUUAUAAAAUAAAUAAUUGAAGUAAUAGGAGAAUGAAAAAGAAUCGUGAAUGAAAAGCAUAAGCCAAGAGUUUUUAUUCUCUUUCUUCUAGUGAAUAUAAUUACCUGCAACUUGCCACCUGUGCAAGUGCUGAGAGUAAUAAUAAUAAUAAUAAUAAUGAUGAUGAUAAUAAUAAUAAUAUUAUAUUAAUAAUAAUAAUUGCACCGGCUUAAUUGUUUGCGGUAAUGUAAAUAAACGCUAAUAAUGUAAUAAUAACUAUACUUAAAAUAAAUGAUGAUUAUGACUAUCGACGAAAACGACGAAUAUGAUGAUGGUGAUGAUGAUUAUAAUGAUGAUAAUGAUGAUGAUGGUAAUGAUGGUGAUGAUCAUGGUGGUGAUGAUGAUGACGAUGAUGAUGCAGCUCUGUAAAAGCAUAUAAUUAUGUAUUAGGGCCAAGAUCGAAGGGCAGUCUACAUCGCAACGUGCCCGAUGGAGCG